AUGGUCCACAUUCAAGACCUCCCAUUGGAAAUCUUAAACAGAAUAUUUUAUUAUGUUUUUCCCCCUCGAAAUAGCCCCUCCUUCUUGAAUGAUGAAGGAGUCUUCGCGAAUGAAGGAGCCUUCUCGAACCCAAAAGCCAACAAGGACGAGACUGAUGGCACCGCCAUUGGGCUAUUUGAAAACGAAGAUUUAUGCCGACUUUGCCUAGUUUCACGGACUUUUCGCGAUAUUGCGCAGCCUAUUCUCUUCCACACCUUCGCAGAUGAUAAUCUCGAUCACGGUGAUCUAAGGAGGACCAUUUCUUUUGCCAAGACCAUUUAUCGCCGUCCAGAGCUUGGAGAGCAUGUGAAAGAUAUCGCGUACCUAUUCGUACCAAUCAAACGAAAACCCAAAAAGCUCCCCGCAGAUGACGCGAAACUGUGCAAGAGCGCAAUCCAGGCCCUUGAAUUGGGCGACCAGGAAGAGAAACGCUGGAUCUCACUUAUGCGCAGCUAUGAUUUUGGUGUCAUUGUCGCAUUGCUGGUUCUCAAAACACCCCAUCUUCGUGGAUUCUCCUUGGCAGGGGACAUAGAUAUCGCGACAUGGUUCAAGCCUCUCUUCGCUCGAGAUCCAUCGUUUUUGUCUGAACUCACGUCCCUUCAUAUUAAAGGCCAACCUCGCGGCUAUAAUUUGAAGAUCUAUGAGGAUUUCAUCACCCGCCCCAAUCUUCAACACUUGACGUUAGAAUACUGUGACUUCGACGACGCGUCGUUUCCAUCCACCUGGACGCCCGGAUCCCUAGCGGUUGAGACUUUGUUCAUCCGUUAUUCCCACAUUGAUGGCGCAGCCAUUCGCAAACUCAUGCAGGCAUGCAAGAAGUUGACAGAGUUUGCCUAUCAAAACUUCAGCCCAUAUUCAGAGGAGAUGCGACCUGAGACGUCAGUCACCUCCGCUCACUUCACUGCUGCGCAGGUCCACGAAGCGGCACUCAUGCACAAGGAUACUCUUGGACAUUUCCAUGUUGAGUUUGCACGCUCUCAAUCCGACUUCCAAAAUAUCCAGAGGUACCUUUCCAGUCGUGUCAAGUUUGGCUCUUUCCGCGAGUUCACUGCCCUAGAGUCCAUGAUGGUACCUCAUGCAUACCUUUCAGUAAACCCUGAGUUGCCCCAUGCGCUCAAGCAGAUUGAAAUCACCGAUUGUAACUCGUCUAUCCAAAAUAUGGCUCAGAACAUCGCUAAAGACGCUAAAAAAGGUCUUUAUCCGGAACUUCUCGAAGUGACGGUUCUCACAAUUGAUGUUAGAGAUCCUAUCAAACUCCCUGGAGGACGUAUUCCCCCUAAUAAAACCCCGGAAGACUGUUUCUUGGGUCUUCGAGACUUGUUCAAAGGAACUAAAGUGGAGUUCAAUAUCUCCCCAUAUGUCGUGGAUGAUGUGUUUGACGAUGACGAUGACAUGCCUCUGGAGAUGAUGGACCAAAUGCCACCAGAGCUUCUCCAGAUCCUUAUGCAGGGAGCACCAGGGCCCCUAGGAGGAGCAAGAGGGCCCCCAGGAGGACCACGAGGACCUCCAGCAGGAGCACGACCACCCCCGCGGGGACCCCCAGGAAGGAACGAAAUGCCACCGGGGUUGCUUGAUCUGCUCAUGGAACAGGCUAUGCGGGACCCUGACUUUGCCCACCUGCGUCCACCCGGAAGAUAA